AUGACACGUGGUAUACGCAGGAUUCGUAACAAAACGGGAGUUCAUCCGAAAAAUCCGAAAACAUUGGCUGAAUUAGUAAUUGAUGGAGACAAUGCAUUGACCUUGAAGGGCUAUCUUUUUGUUUUGUACGACAAUCAAUCGGAUACGAAGCGAAUAGUCAUAUUCUCAACAAAUACCAAUCUUUCGUUCUUAUCAUAUUGCGAUGAAUGGUACAUGGAUGGUACGUUCGAUGUGGUUCCAACAAUAUUCAAACAAUUGUAUACGAUUCAUGGCAGACGAAAUAAAACUUAUGUUCCGUGCGUGUACGUCUUGGCUAGUGGUAAGGAUUUCUUCACCUACGCUGAAAUCUUUCGCAAACUUAAGGAAUUACAACCAAGACUGAAACCGAAAACCGUUAUGGUAGACUUUGAACAGGCUGCCAUGAAAGCCAUUCAACAAACAUUUCCUGGAGUGGAGGUCUACGGAUGUUUUUUUCAUAUGUGCCAGUGCAUAUACCGCCAUAUACAAGCACAAGGUCUACAAAGUAUUUACGGUGAAGAUGAGAAUUUUGCCCAAUACAUGAGAUGCUUAGCUGCAUUAGCAUUCGUUCCACCCGAAGAAGUGGUUAAACGAUAUGAAGAAUUGAAAGGAUUAGAUUUUUUUAAAGCGAAGUUAAGCGGUAAAUCAGCUGUUGAUGUUGGAGAGCCUUCAUAA